AUGGGAUCCCACAUUCCAGAUCAAAAUACCACAACCAAUUUGGACGUCGCCAUCAUCGGCGGUGGCAUCGCCAGAAUGACUCUCGCCCUCGGUCUGCUCAAUCGUGGCAUAAAACCGACAAUCUACGAACGCGGUCGGAGUUUCCGCGAAAUAGGCGCUGGCAUAGGCUUUACGCCUAUCGCCGAAUGGGCAAUGAAAGUACUUGACCCGAAGAUUCAUGCGGCAUUUAAGCGGGUUACGGUACAGAAUGGCACAGACUGGUUCCUAUGGAUGGACGGUAGCCAGGAGGAUGAGGCGCUGGUCCAUAAGAUAUAUCUUAGUGAAAGGGCUUUCGAUGGCUGCUCACGGGCAGAUUUUCUAGACGAAUUGGGUAAGAGUCUACCACCGGGACACUAUGCAAUUCUCGAAAGACCUAGUCCAGGUUGUCGAUAA